AUGCCAUUCAUCUCAAGUCUCCCAACAGGGGCCAUGCUGUCCAUUUUCCUUCUCUUCUAUCUUCCUCGUGUGGCUCUUUCUAAUCCAUUUCCAUCCUUUAACAAACUUCAACUUCCAGCCAUAGGUCCGGAGGCCCUCGCUUUCGACCAGAAGGGUGGACUUUACACUGGUGUUUCUGAUGGUAGAAUACUCAAAUAUCAAGGUUAUAGUGACAGUUUCGUUGAUUUUGCCACUACUUCACCACACACGACCAAGGCACUGUGUAAUGGCACAAAUGACCCAAAUUUGGGAGCCAUCUGUGGGAGGCCACUGGGCUUGGGUUUUAACUAUCUAACCGGCGAGCUCUACAUCGCUGAUCCAAAUUUUGGCCUAUUCAUGGUGGGAGCCAAUGGAGGUCUGGCUACCCAAAUUGCUAAUGGUGUUGAAAAUAUGCCGUUUGCCUUCCUCAACGCCUUGGAUAUUGAUCCCCAAACUGGAACAGUUUAUUUCACAGACUCUGGUGCUAUUUUUCGGCUAAAUAACAUAACUCAGAUUAUUCUUAGUGGUGACACUACUUCAAGGCUGCUGAAAUACGAUCCAAAGACAAGAGAGGUCACAGUGUUGCUAAGGGGGCUCUCUGGAGCAACAGGGGUGGCGGUUAGUAAAGAUUGCGCAUUCGUCCUAGUGACAGAGCUAAUUGCAAGUAGGGUUAGAAGGUUUUGGAUCAAAGGUCCGAAGGCUAAUUCUGCAGAAGUAUUGCUAAACCUCUCAGGAUAUCCUGAUAACAUUAAGAGAACCAUAUUGGGAGAUUUUUGGGUGGCAGUGAGCAUCCAAAAACUGCAGCCUAUGCCUACUACCAUUCCCACUGGACAACGGAUCAACGGAUUGAGAAUGGUUUUGGAGACAGUUGCUCUUGAUGCUGAAUACGGCGCGACAUCAGUUAGUGAAGUUCAAGAGUAUGCUGGUGCAUUAUAUAUAGGGUCUCUGUCUGCUAACUUUGUUGGUGUAUACAGGAAAUGA